AUGGCACCGCCUCAAAUAAUGCCAAACAUUGGAGUGGAUCUGACAAUUCCAAGAAAUCCUUUCUUAACACCUCCGCCUUACAUUCCAAAUUUUUCUUCGUCAAACAGUUCACCACCAUCAACUGUCACUUCAACACCGCCACCUCAGACGACGACACUUCAUUCUCAUCACAUCACAUCAUCUCCACAACAAACGAUUUUUCAUCAAAUGACAUCUUCGUCUACACAUCCUUUCUUUGCUUCUGUCGAAAGCAUUCGUGAAGAAGCUGCAAGGUUACUUUUCAUGAAUGUCAACUUUUUGAAGAAUCUUGCACCAUUCACUCAGCUACCACUCACUGAUCAGCUAACAUUGUUCGAGGAAUCAUGGCGUGAAUUUUUCAUCAUGGGAGUUGCAGAAAAUCUUCUUCCCAUUAACUUCACUCAGCUUUUGUUUGCUUACGAGUUCAUGAAUACGGCAUGUCAUGAGUCGAAAACUAAAAUCUCUACAGAGACAAUGAUCCGGGAGAUUGAAGCAUUCCAAGAGAUUUUAAAUAAGUUCAUACAGAUGAGGGUCGACAGGAAUGAAUACGUUUAUCUUCGAGCGAUUGUUUUAUAUAAAAAUGACUUCAAUAGCAAUCAUAAUAACAACAACAAUAAUAAAGACAAAGAUAACAGCCAAGAUAUCAUCACAAGCACGAGUGACGAUUCAUCGUCAGAUUUGUCGCAUAAUAAUUCGACAACAACAUUCAAAACCACAUCGUCGUCUUCAGGAAAAACUUUGGAGGAGCCGUUGAAAGUGAAAGCUCUUGAGAAUAAUGCAAAAGACGCUCUCGCAGCUUAUGAACAAAGCUAUUAUGGUAUCACUCAUCAAAUCCGAUACAAAAACCUUCUCGCCUUGCUUCCAUCUUUAAAGCUUGUUUCACACUUUACAAUCGAAGAAUUAUUUUUCCGUCGGAACAUUGGUCACGUUCCAUUGCUUAAACUUCUCAUUGAUUUUUACAUGCAAAGGAAAGCUUAA